AUGAGCGGCAAUGCCGCUGCUGCUGUCGAGUCGCUCAGCGGCAGCAAAGUCAGCGCGGUCUCCGCCAGUGCGCACUUCCAAACCACUCCUGCCGACAUCCACUACCUGCAAUACUCACUAGAGAAGGAAGCCGAAUACCUUUCUCAGAUUCGCGAACUGAUCUCCAAAGACCUCUCUGAACCCUACAGUAUCUAUGUCUACCGGUACUUCCUCUACCAGUGGCCUGAACUCUGUUUCAUGGCCGUUGACGCCAACGAUGACAACAGACUCGCCGGGGUGGUGAUCUGUAAGCUAGAGCCACAUCGAGGAGGACCAUUGAGAGGAUACAUCGCCAUGCUGGCCACCAAGGACAAGUUUCGGGGCAAGGGCAUCGCCACAACGCUUGUCAGCAAAGCGAUGGAUUUGAUGAUUGAGAAAGAUGCAGACGAGAUCGCCUUGGAGACCGAGGAGACCAACACAGCGGCCAUGAAGUUGUACGAGCGACUGGGGUUCUUGAGGAGCAAGAAGCUGCAUAGGUACUACAUGAACGGCAACAGUGCGUAUCGCCUGCUGCUUUAUCUGAAAGAGGGGGUUGGCAGUAUUCUGACACAGGACGAGUUCAAUGGUCCUGGUCUGGAAGUACAAGAUGAAAUAUGA